GAAGGAAGCCGCGCGUGCCGCCCGCCUGCACCCACAGAGCGCUCGUUCGCUCGCUCGUGCGCUCCCCGAAGAUGGUCUGAAAGUCGGGCGCCUGCUUUCCCAUCAUUCCCCGCGAAGAGCUCCAGCCGAGAGCCGUGAUGUUGACGAGGCUUUUCAGUGACCCCUCGCUGCUUCCCGACGUGCAGAAGUACUCGGGCUGGGCAGACGACAGCGAAAGCGACGAUCCCAAGAUCAAAGAUGAGGACCAGGACACUCAGGACGACAUGGAGGGCCCUGAGCUGAGAGGAGGCAGCCGGACGCACUCGGAGCACGCGGGAGAAGACGACGAGGACGACGAGGCGGAGGAAGAGGACGAUGGAGACGAUCCAGAAGGAGACAGACCCAAGAAAAGAGGACCCAAGAAACGUAAAAUGACACAGGCCCGGAUCGAGCGCUCCAAACUGCGGAGGAUUAAAGCCAACGCGCGCGAGAGGACCCGCAUGCACGACCUGAACUCUGCGCUCGACAAUCUGCGUAAAGUGGUGCCCUGCUACUCCAAAACCCAAAAACUGUCCAAAAUCGAAACGCUGCGCUUGGCCAAAAACUAUAUCUGGGCCUUGUCGGAGAUACUGCGCUCUGGGAAAAGGCCUGACCUCGUGUCGUACGUCCAGACGCUGUGCAAGGGGUUGUCCCAGCCUACGACCAAUCUGGUGGCCGGGUGUCUACAACUUAACUCUCGCAACUUCCUAACCGAGCAACAGUGCCAAGACGGGAGCAGAUACGGCUCCGGCUCCUUCUCCAUGCAUUCCUACCCGUACCAGUGCGCGCGUCUCUCCAGCCCCCACUGCCAGCCGGGCUCGAACUCACAUCCGCUGAGGGCGCACGGUUACUGCUCGACUUAUGACUCCCUGUACGGCGGGAGCGGAUCCCCGGAGUACAACAGCCCUGAGUACGAGGGCCCGCUCAGCCCGCCGCUCUGCAUCAACGGCAACUUUUCCCUGAAGCACCAAGGCUCCGCGUCCCCCGACACCGAGAAGGGGUACCACUACUCUAUGCAUUACUCCGGCCUGCCUGGCUCCAGAUCCGCCGGGGCGCACAACCUAGUGUUUGGUUCCUCGGGGUCUCGGAGUGGCAUUCACUCUGAAAACGUCCUGCCUUACCACGACAUGCACUUACACCAUGAACGGGCCCCCAUGUACGACGAACUGAACGCUUUUUUUCACAACUAAUGCGACAAGCCUGUCGCGCGCCCCCUUUGCAAUCAACAAUCGAGUCACUGUUGAAGAGGAUUUACAUAUUCUGGACUUACACUCGUUGUCAUUCGUGUUUUAUGUUGAAUUUGUCAAGUAUACUGAUUUUUUUUUUUUUUCCUGGGCUUGCUGUAGUCAGGGAUGUAGUAUUCACUUCUAU